AUGCAGUAUCCCUACGGCAACAUAGGGGCCCCUCUGGGGGCCCCUCUCGCUGCUACUCCUCAUGCCGGCGUCGCACCACUGUACUACGCGUCUCCGGCUGCGGCAACAGCAGCAGUUGCAGCAGCAGCCCUCGGCGCCACUGCGGCUGCUGCUGCUGCACCCGCCUCAGUAGUCCCCAUUGCAGCAGCUGCGCCGGAAGGAGUAGCGGCAGACAAAGACGGUGAUGAGGAGGAGGCUAUUGCACGCUGUCACCUUCACACGAAGCCUCAGCUUUCGUGCAAAUUCUGCCGCAAGUAUAAGAGCUUCACGCAGCAAAUGGGUGUUUUGCAACAGCGCGCCAUUGCCGCGGAGGAGGAGACACAGAAAAAGAAUAUGGUGCAGAUGACGGACAGCACCACUUACAACGUGAACCAGCUGCUUAGAGGCAACAUCAUGUCCUCUGAGUACUUCAAGUCUUUGCACCAGUUCAAGAGCUUCCAAGAGGUCGUGGAGGAGUUGGCCGCCUUUGCCGAGCACGCAGAGCCGUACUGCGCAGGCAGCACAAGGGCCCCCUCCACUCUUUUCUGCUGUCUCUACAAGCUUUUCACCCUCAAACUAACGGAAAAGCAGAUGCACACCCUCUUGAACAACAGAGACUCUCCCUAUGUGCGCUGCACGGGGUUCCUUUACCUUCGCUAUGUGCAUCCACCCGAUCAGCUGUGGAAGUGGUAUGAGCCGUAUUUUCUAGACGAUGAGCAAUUCACGCCAGGCGCUGACCCCAACCGCGUGGUCUCAAUGGGGGAAUACAUUCAGUCGCUACUGACCGAAGACAAGUACUUUUCAACUGUGCUGCCGCGUCUACCUGUGCUCGUCAAGAAUGUGUAUGGGGCGCAGCUGAUGACGCUGCCUCAACACAGAAAGAGAAAGGCCUUCAAUCGGGCACAUAUUGAGUGCUUCACACCCGCAGCCAAAUGCAUCGCCCUCUCAAGCGGUGAUUGGCUGGAGGGCGCGGUGGUUUCCGUUGAUGCAAAAGGGGUCUGGGUUCGCUUGGAAGACGGCAACGUGGAGUCCAUAGAUAUCGGGCUUGUGCAGCUUCUGUCGUACAAGACGGAAGGCAGCCAGCCGAAGCCGAAGCGAGAGCGCGAGAGGGACAGUCGCAGAAGGAGGUGACGGUGUAGGGAAAGAGCGCGGGACCGCAGUCGCAGCGCCGAGAGGAAUGCAGCCAAGACGCAGCAGCAGUUGCUUCAAGAAUUCCGCAGAAAAGAGCAAGAAAAGGCUUUAGCCACUGGCAAGGACUACGCGCGACGCCCCACAUCGUACAAGAGCGCGUUAUCUUUGAAGAUGACGUCUUCUCGGCAUGCGCCCUCCCCUGAGCGACCGCCUGCCUCUCGUCCACAUCCUAGAUCUGCCCUCGCUCACGCACAACCCCAACAGCAGCAGCAGCAACAACAGACAUCGCAGUCGGAUGGGCACAACAAGCAGCGCAUGUCUUCUCUUGUUGCAAGGUACAGUCGGGUCGGAGGCGAGGGGGCGGACCGUCGGCGUCGCAACGAUACAGAAACUCCAGAAGUUAUGCGGCUGGGCUAG